AUGAAGAAGGAGAUUGAAAGAAUUAGGGAUUAGAAUACGCUUUUGACUUAAAAGUUAAAUGGCUCAAAGCCAAGUUAAUAGUAAUCAAGUUAUCAUAUUGAAGCUUCCAACAAAAAUAAUUUGGAAUAAGAUACAUAUCAUUCAAGAAAUUCACCUGGGGAUAAUCAAAGUUUUAAGCUGAGUUUAAAGAAGGCAUCUCAGAGUAUUAACAAGACUAUGGACUACUCAACUUAACCUUCCUCAGGAGUAGGAUUAGGAUUGCCCAACAUUAAUAAUAGAACUCUAAAUAGAGAUAAAAGUAUUGCCUCCUAUUCAAAUAGGUCACAGCUCUCUCAUUUAAUGGAAGGUAACACCGUCUCCAUUAAGAAUAGCAAUCAAGUAGCCAAUUCGAAUAUACUUCCUUCAUUAUAUGGUGUUGAGGAUUUCAAUGUCUAGAUAGUAAAGCUGUAGCAUGAGAUUAAUUAGUGGAGGACUUAGAAUACCGAUCUUGAAAAGAAACUAAAGGACUCAGAGCAUAAAAGACAUGAGCAUCUGAGGAAAAAUCUUGAGCUGUAAAAGAAAAUCCUAGAUUUAGAAAAUUAGAUCAAACAACUCUAGCAAAGAUUUAAAGAUCUCAUGCUUAAGAAGGCAAGCGGCAUACUGAGAGAGUAGUUUUAAGAGCUAGAAAUUUAGCAUGCAGCUACACUUAAAGAUUUGAAGAUAUUCAAGGACAAGGAUGAAAAAUUUUUACAAAGGAUAGAGGCAGUGAAAAUGGCUUUGAAAUAGUAAAAUGAUAAAUACAGAGAGGCAAUGGAGCAGGAACGAUAGUCUAUGAUUAAAUAGAUUGAUAAUUUUAAGUUAUUCGUUGCAGAAUUGAGAACUGAGGUAAAAUUAUUUGUCUUAUUUUAUUAGACUCAAGAGUAGAAAACAAUAAUAUAAGAGUUGAGAAUGCAAGUUUCCUCUCUAAAUUAAUAGCAAUAGUAUGCUUUAUUUGUUUUAAUGUGCUAUUAGUUCUUAGUAACUUGA